UUCCCCCAGAUCAUCACAACAGAUGAAGCAGAGAGGAGGGGUCAUGUGUACGACCGCCAGGGCUCUACCUACCUGUUUGACCUGGACUAUGUGGAGGAUGUGUACACAGUGGACGCAGCUCACCAUGGCAACAUCUCCCACUUCGUCAACCACAGCUGUAACCCCAACCUGCAGGUAUAUAAUGUGUUCAUCGACAACAUUGAUGAAAGACUCCCAAGAAUUGCUCUAUUUUCAACACGGGCUAUUCGAGCAGGAGAAGAACUCACCUUUGACUACAAAAUGCAAAUUGACCCAGUCGAUACAGAAAGCACCAAAAUGGACUCCAGUUUCAUUCUUGCUGGGCUCCCCAGUUCUCCGAAGAAGCGGAUUCGAGUGGAGUGUCGGUGUGGUUCAGACUCGUGUCGAAAAUACUUGUUCUGACAAAGGACCGCUGGGAACACUGACUGCAGUGGAAUGAUGAGGAACAUUCAACAGAUUUGUAAAUGAAUUAAUUUUUUUAUUUGAUUAUUGAGGCUGAAAUACACCCUCAACAUUUUAUAUGUGAACAUGAAAACAUGCGAUCUAGAAUCUCACAUCUAUGAUUUCCUUGAACAGAGCUGCUUGGUUUCCACUGAGUUGAAUGCGGCUUCAAUGGAUUAGUACUUACUUAGUGCUUCAUUCCAAUGAUGUAAAAUAUCUUUCUAUAUUUAAGAUAAGCAUGUCUGUAAGCCCAUCCUUACAGAGGGCAGUACACAAAAUGAAUUGAUGUUUACUUUUUGAGUAACUCAUGUUCUGUGCUUGCUUUCUCUGAGCUGUAUAAUGUAUUCUAUAAGAACAUUAAACAGGUAGUUGCCCAUGCCUGUUCAGAAUUAUCUUUUAACAGUGAUGGUUUAUUUUACCUACUUUGUUUUCUUUUUUUUUGCCAAUUCUAAUGUCUACCUUGUACUCACAAAGUUAAUAGCUGAGACCUGGGAACACAUCACUAAAAAGAUGUCUGAAGGGUUAUUAAACAAGCAGGUUACAAACAAAACUCCAGUUUAUUCAAACUUAUUUGGAAGAGAAACCUAAGGCAAACUGUAAAGUUAUGACUUGAACGGUCGGUUGUAUACAUCCAUUACAGGUUACACACCCACUUCCUGCUUCAGAUUUGACCUACUGCGCUUACUGUUUACUGUAGAAUGAGGAAUUAUUAGCAAUGUUACUACAUUCUCCCGUCCAGUUUGAGCUUUUAAGAACUUCCAACUUUCCAACCUAUCUUGACAGUUGGGAUCUCUUGACCUCAUGUUCCGACAUCUUCCUAUUAACUUGGUGAGUGCAAACUGGUAGAAAAUGACAGACAAAAGUAUGAACAUUAGAUCUAAACCGGAAUACAAUUUUAAACUAUAGUUUUAUUGGUCCACUUUUGCCAGCUGUUAUUGCUCUAGCAACCUGUGUUGAUGUCUGGAAACUCUGCAGUAAAUGGCUUCUUUGCAUUUUUUUUACUCCUAAAUAUGACAUGGCCAUACAGUUGUCAUGAAAGUCUCUGGGCAGUUACCAAAUUUACUAGAAAAAUGGAACUGAAAAACAACCAUAGCCACAGUGCCAGUGCUUGGUUUUGCUCAUACCAAAUACGCUUUGGUUCUUGUACUUCAAAUUGCAGGCACAUUUUUACACUGUCAUCAUUUGAAUAUCCCCAACUGUCCCCAUGCCCCAUGAAAACUUACAUGAGACUCUGUGUCUUAGAAGUCAGUAGGUAAAACUAUUGGCAUGUUCAAACACAAUCCGGGAUUAGUUGGAGAAUGUUUUUUUCUGACUGUGGUGAACUGUAUUAUUAUUUUUUUUCUUCUUUUUUUUUAGUAGUGAGGGAAGGGGAGGGCGUGGGGAAUUACGUUUCUAUUAAAGGGUUACUAUGCAGUUUUGGCCAUUUCUUUGCUUUUUUUUUCACUUUUUGCUCGCAGGCUUCUCUAAAGAUCUAUCUAGGGGGGAACGACCACCAUUCAACUCGGGACAAAAGUCAUAUAACCAUUCCAAUGACUCUGAAGCUAUUCAGUUAAGGUAAAUUAAGCUAAAAAAAACUGCAUAGUUCCCCUUUAACUUUCCUUUUUGUCACUCUUGUAACUAUGUACAGUAUCUAUUUUGUGGUCAAAUAGGUGAUUCUCUUACAGUGUAUAUUUAAACAUUUUAGUUAUUGGUAAUCCAGUGACUUUCUUAUAGGUAGAGAACAAAAACAAUGUAAAUAAAUAGCUUCAAAGUUAA